GCAUGAACGAAGAAGAUUAAACUUCCGGCUUAGUAGCGCCCUUCGAGUGUAUUUUGUCCUCAUAUUUGACAGAAAAUAGUCACAAAAGCGGCUGUAAUUGACCUUUGUUGAGUUCAGGCCGUGGAAGGAGGGGUUAAUGUGACGAUUUGAUGUUGAACGAGCCCGCGAUGUCUGUGGUGUUUGACGGGAGUCCAGCGAAAGCGAUGCAGAGCUCACACUCGCUCCCGGGGCAGACGGUGCUGAGUGGUCAGGAGCUGUCUCAUGAGAUCAAGUCUUUCAUCAGCGGCGUGGACACCGCUCAGGGACGGAAGCUCAGUGUCCGGGAACAUGCCCGCUGUGCUGUGCGUCUGUUGCGCUCUGUCCCGUGUUGCAGGGGAGCCGUGCUUGAGCAUCUGAGAGGUGUCUAUGAUGAGCACGUUUCAGCAUUUCUCCAAAGCCUGGAGGAGGGUGACGGCAGCUCAGGGGUCAGCUCAAACCUGGAGGACAUCAUUCAGGAAGUCCACAGCGUUCUGUCAGAAUUCAUCCACCUCAACCCCCGGGCUUGGGCCCCUCUCGUGUCCACUUGGGCGGUGGACUUACUGGGCCAACUCAGUAGCAAGUAUGCCAACCACCCAGCGGCUCCACACUCCUCCAGCCUCAAUGAGCUGCUGCAGCUGUGGAUGUCAUGUGCUGCCACGCGCUCCCUCAUGGAGGCCUACUCACAGUGUUUGGCUGCCAUGCUAUCAUGGUGCCCUGACGCGUGUGUGGACGCUCUUCUGGACACAUCAGUCCAGCAUUCUCCUCAUUUCGAUUGGGUGGUCGCUCACAUUGGCUCAGCCUUCCCAGGCACCAUCAUCAGCCGAGUCCUGGCAUGUGGACUUAAGGACUUUUGCUCCCACGGUGCUAAGGAUCAAGGGCUGGUCUUGAACGGUGUGGAAAAAGGAAGCAGGGUACCAAAGAUCGGCUCAGUGGUGGGAAUCCUUGGCCACCUUGCUGCACACCACUCAGACAGCAUCAGGAAAGAGUUGCUGAGGAUGUUCCAGGAGAGUUUAAGCAUGGCAACUGCGAUGUCUCCCACUGGUUCCUCCAACUUCUGGGAUAGUUCCCCUCAGUUACGACGGGCAGCCGUGCCCUUUCUCCUUCAACUGGCAGCUAUGUCUCCAAACCUGUUUGGUGCCGUGUCUGCAGAGCUGGUGGAGCUGCUCCGCCCGCCCGUCCUGCUGCAGUUGCAGACUUUGCUGCAGGGACUUCCCAGGGACGAACUUGACAACAUGGUGGCUUUAGCGGUGCACCUCAUCAGCCAGAAUCCAUCAGGAGGAGCCAGAGUGCUUCGCUUUCUGGCAGACACGGCUACUCCAGCCUCUGUCAUCAUCGCGGGUCCGACUGCUUCCCCUCAUGAAGGCGUCAGAGAGGGUUGCGAUCGCCUGCUACAAAUGUUGCUUCUGCAUCUCCAUAAACUGGUCCACAACCGAAUGGACGGGGGAGAAGCCCAUCCGCAGCACCCGGCUCAGCCCCACACACUGAUCCCGUUUUUGGAGGAGCUGCAGACUCAUGUGGGUGAGCUCUGCGCCGAGACUCUGCGGCUGGAGAGGAAGCGUCACCUCUGGCUACAUCAGCUGCUUUGUCUGCUGUCUGUGUAUGGAGGUGCUAGUGUGGCCACCGAGGCUCUCUGUCAACUCCUCACUCGAGCUCGUAACGCGGAGGAGCUGGCUCUGGCCUGGCAGCUGCACACGACACUCUCAUCCUGCAUGGCUGGACUCAUUCCUAGCGCGGUGGCUCGAUGUGUGGCCCAGAUCCACACACACACUCUCACGCCACGACAGCUGAGGCAGCUGCUGCUCAACCUUGCCGCCGCCAUCUUGAGUCAGGACGAAGAGCGAAGAGGAAGCUCGCAGUCCACCAUGGCUGUUCAGGUCGGCUCAGCAGUGUCUUCAAACCUCCAUGACUUCUGCCCUCUGCUCCUCCACAGCGAUGCUGAUGUCUCACAUGCCACAGUGCGACUUCUUUCUGUCAGCCCCCUCCCUCGUACCUCCUCCCCGGCUCACCUCCUCCUGCUCUCUCGUGCUGCAGUCACUCACUUCUUCAGGGCUCUGCGUAGGAGAGCGUGCAAGAAGGUGGGGAAGGAAGGAGGUCAGGCUGCUGAGGCCGUCAGCUCUUCCGUGGUCCUUCUGUCUCGAUUCGCUGCCUACUCUCCCCUCACUCUCAAAGCUAUUCUUCAGCAGCUGGUGGAAGGAGCUCUGCACAAAGGCAACGCUGACCUCUUUGGAGGACUGGUGGCAGACAUGUCUGGGGCUCCUUUAGCUGCCCCGUCUGUCUCCCCUGACCUUGGUGCUUCCCUCUUGGAUAUUAACUGUCGCUUUGGGACCAUUGUCAACUUCUCUGGAAGUGUGUGGUCCGUCUUUCAUGCUGGAGUCAUUGGAAAGGGGCUUAAAGUACGCACAGACACACCCAGCCCCGACCCUUGUGGGGUGAUCCAGAAUGUCCAAACUCUGCUGGCUGUGGUUGUGCAGUGCUGCAGCUCCUCCGGUCUCAACAGCUCCCGUCCACCAUGUGACCCAGACGAGCCGCAGCCCAUCAACGCUGAAGCAGCAAAGGUCGUGGCGGUGACUCUGGUGGAGAACGUCUGCCCCGAUGUGGCAAACGGGGAGCUCUCCUGGCCCCCAGAGGAACACGCCCGCACCACGGUGGAGCGGGACAUCCAUAUUCGCCGCUGCUUCGAGGCGCAUCCUGUGCUCUUUCCUCUGCUGCAAGUGGUGGCAGCUGGACGCCCGGCGCUCUGCUACUGCUCAGCUGUGCUCAGGGGUCUCCUGGCUACUCUCCUGGCACACUGGGAAGCCUCUCGUGAGGCUUUGUCUACAGACUCCCCCUGGCAUCUGCAGGCCUCCUCCCUUCUGGUGUCCUGCAUGGGCGAGGGUCAGCUUUUGCCCCCUGUGCUUGCGAAUGUCCACGAAGCCUUCCCUUACAUCACUCCUUUUGAGGUGAGGCUGCUGCUCCUGGCUGUGUGGGAGUAUGUCAGAGCCAAUGGUCCUAUGCCCCAGAAGUUCGUCUUCACUUCAGAUAAGGGUAUUUUCUGCAGGGAUUUCUCACGAGACGGCGAUGUAGCCAGGUACGUGUCGCCAAUUCACAGCGUCCUGCAUAAAAACAUUGACAGGCUUGGACACCUCUGCUGGAGAUUUCAGCUGUGAGACGUGACAGGACUCGACUGGCAGAUUCUUUGCGUGGACAUUGUGAUCAGUGUACAUAAGUUCAGUUGUGUUUGAGUGCUUCAUGUGUAACUUUUGUACCACAUUUUUAGACUUCAGAUUUUCUAAUUAGGUGUUUCCCAUAAUAACCAUGUCUACACAAUGUUCAUUUCAGAACAAAAGCAGAAGCCUUAAAAUAAUAAAGGGUCAUAUUUUGGUGUUCAUUUCUCUACUAUUAGCUUUUGUUGCUGAGGUUGCCUUGCUUUUCUCACUGAUGACACAUGCUUCAAACUGUUCAAAUGCAUUGAAAUAAAUCCACUGUUCUCAGACAGUUGGUGCUACAGUCUGCUUCAUUCAAA